AUCUGUCGGGGAAUAGCCCAAAUUAAAAAAAAAAAAAAAAAAAACUAAACUAAUGCUUCUGGCUUGCUGCUGUCGGGCUUUAAUGCUGUCGGUCCCGACUCUCAUACCAUCCCCGUCUCCCCCCGAUCAGAUCGAUUUUGGUUCCGCCUUCCAGAGUUCCAGCAACCGAGCCACCUCCCCUUUCAGUCCGCCUGAGCCACCUCCACCUCCACCUCCACUGCGAGUCUGCAUCUCUGAUCUCUGCGACUACUUGAAGGCUUCAAUCCCUGAAUCUCAGGCAAACACCGUAAACUGAUUACGCAGUAGCCAUGCUGAUGAUGUUUGAUAAUUGGGAAUGGGUUGUCCAGAUUCGUGAAUCGUGAUGUUUGGUGUUUAGGGUGAGGUGGUAAACUGAUUACCCAACAGUCCAAUACCCAAUACCCAUGCUGAGAGCUUCUGUCUGAUUGCUGCUGGAAAUGAAGAGGAAAAAUCUCUCCAAGUUAAGUGGUGCUCUGGUGCUGGUGCCAUCGUAAAUCAUCUUCAUCAUCAGGUUUGAUUCAAAAAAAAGUUGGAAACGCGGAAGCCAAGGAAACUGCAGACUGAAAAAAGAAAGUGCAGAGUGGCAGGAAUGUCGUAUAGAUCGAAAUUCCCGUUAAAGAGCAAGAGCAAGAAGAAUGUGGAUGAAGAAGACAAGGCGGAAAAAGGAAGAAAAGAGACUAUUCAACGCUCUCUCUUGGUGGCGGCAGGGAAGCGAUUGAUGAGCAAUCUGCGCCAGGAAAAGAAAGCCUUCAUUCCCGACGAUCAUCGCUCUCUAUACCUCUGCUUCGGUGACUACGAAGAGGGCAGCAAGGUCUCCUACACCAUUCUAUCACUCAGCUUGCGGCAACUGUUUUCUGCUUCAUCUUCGCCAUGGCAAUUACAGCUGGUUACUAGAUUAUCCGGCGAUGGCCUUCCCCGUUAUAUGGGUUGCGGCGUUUGGGGCUCCAAAAUUCUCUUUGGGGGUGGCGCAAAACCGGGUUAUUUGCAUCGUCCGGCACGAGGGCACCCGGUUACUGGGCGUUUCAUGCAUCACCAAGUCAGAAAGAUUUACUAUUUUGAGACUACAGAAGAGACUCAGGUGCCGGUGCCACUCCCUAAGAAGAUGCUGAAUGGGAACAUCCAGCCCCGGCUGGUGGAGGUGGACAACAAAGUAUACGCUAUUGGUAAAUCAUUAUCCUCCUUUGAGAUGUUUGAUGGCAAUGAUUGGUGUGAACUGGCACCACCUCCAAUCAGAAAAUAUUUCUGUUAUCCCUUUACACACUCCGACCCGGCUUGUCAGUUCGAUAUAUACUGUGCAGUUGCAGGCACAAAUAUAUUGGUUUCUGAUGGUGGUUCAAGCUUCCGCUUUGACACAGCUGACCCCAACCAAGGCUGGAGAAAACUAAUGUGGGCCGAUCAAUUCUGUUUUAAGGGCACCUGUUUGGUUGUGGAUGAUGGUAAGCAAUUUGUGCUUUUCACAUUCCAACCCUCCAAUGGUCAGCACAUAUCAGUGCAUCUGAUUUCAUAUGACUUCAAUAGCAUCACACAAGACUACAGUCAAGUGCAGCUGCCUUCGUACUUAAUGGAAUGCAAGGGUGAUCGUCUUGGUGAUUUUUCAUUACCUAAUUACCAGCUGGUACACCUAGGAGAUAAGGCCGUCUACCUUCUUAUGUCUGAACUUCGCCCCAGUGGAGUGGAUGAGAGGGAGAAGAUGAUUAGGUCUGUUGAAUUUGCCACAUUCACAUUCAAAGUGAAAGACAAUGCUAAGUCCUUGAAAAUCAAAUUUCUACCUCGUACUCCAAAGCUCAUAUAUGAUGAUGAUAUGGACGUGGCUUCUAGGGCUGGACAGAUGCUUGGUGCCUUCUUGUUGGAAAAUUCUCAAAUGAACAAGGAGGACCUUGCAGCAGAAUAUUAGAGUGCAGAAGGAAGAUAUAUGUCACAAUGAUGAUGGAAAAACUCUCAAGUGAAGAUCAGUCGUAACUCACAAGAGCAGGACCUUGCAGUAGAAUAACUAUUGGAGUGCACAAGGAAAAGGGUUUCUGUGAGAACUAAAACUCGUAGUAUCUCCUAUCUAAUGGAAGCUAAUUUAGAGUUAGAAGUAAUGUCAAUAGGUCGCCAACUUAAACAGGUGCUGUUGCCUGCCAUGUUGGCUUAGUCUUUGCUUUAGAGGCUGAAGCUCUUGUUUUUAAAUGGAGCCUGUAAUGGGUAUAUGUAUAUGAUGUAUGUUCAGACUUCAGAGAUUCUAAUCUUAGUAGAGGUGCUACUGGGUAAGGAACACUGUCCUAUUACCCCAAAUUGGUUUCUUACUCCUUUAAUAUCUUUCCGAUAUUGUUCCACCA